AUGGCGCCAAUGCGCGGCGAGCGGGGCGGUUCUCCAGCACGAGGCGCACGCGCAUCUCUACCGCUUCCGCGCCGUUUGAUUCGCCAGAUCGCGCGGCAUGUAGCCUCCAGUGGCCGUUCGUUACGACGCCUAGAGGUGUCGGGCAGGGUCAUUGACAAUUUCGAUGACAUUGAGGAUGCAUCCGACGAAUCUGAUAUGGAACAACCACAACCUGCGGUGGCUUGCGGAGGCAACGCCGGCAACCUGCCGCCCGCUGACCACGACGACGACCUCACCAGUUUGAGCUGGCUGCAAGACAGGAAUUUACUUAGAGGAAUCAAUCUUACAAAAAACGGAGUCGACAUAGAGGACACGAAAAUGGUCGAUAACCAAAUUAUAGUGAAGAGAGAGAUAAAAACACCGCCGCCAGUGGCUCGAGUCCCUUCACCGCCUCGGACCCCGUGCAAGGCGCCCCCCUCACCUCCAGCCAACACGCAUACAAAGCCCCCCUAUUCCUUCUCCUGUCUCAUCUUCAUGGCUAUCGAAGCGGCUCCCGCGCGAGCCCUACCAGUGAAAGAAAUCUACGCGUGGAUCGUACGCCACUUCCCCUACUUCAGACAUGCACCACAAGGCUGGAAGAACAGCGUCAGGCAUAAUCUGUCGCUAAAUAAGUGCUUCCAUAAGGUGGCAGCUGCUCCUGGUCUCGGGAAAGGUUCGCUUUGGACGGUAGAUCCACAGCACCGCGCCUCAUUAUUACAGAAAGUGUCUCCGCAGGCGUUUGGUAGGCAACCAAUACCAGCCGUCGGCGAUGUGGUAGAGAACCCCGAGCCAGCACAAGAGAAUGGUACUCGAGUGUCACUACUAGCGCGUCGCCUGGCCGACCCUGAGCCCGGCGCAGACGAAUACCUCGCGGCCGCCACUGUACUCGCCAUGAAGUACGGACCCGCUGUUCUCGACCAGUUGCCGCCGGCAGCGCACUUGGUGAUCUCCCGGUGCGCGCGCGACGAGCACUCGUACAGCGGCGGCGAGGAGAGACGCACGGCCGAGGCACUCCUCAACCUCGCCGGCGUGCGCUCCGAGCCCGCACCUAGCUAG